AUGGCUACAAAGCAACCAAUACAGACUAAGAAAGAAAUGUCAUCAAAUCUAAGCCGCAGUGUGAUGCUAACACGGUUUAAACUAUCACAGCAGAAACGACAACUACGAGAGAAGGACAGAAGAAUGACUCAUAUAACUCAACUUCUUAAAAAGCCACAUUUAUUAACCAAAACUACAGACAACAAAGAGAAGUCUCCGAAAACCUCACCCAAAUUAAGUAGACCAUCAGUCAAACCCCCAAAAAAAGAGAAACAGCUACAAACGAAGAAACCAGGGAAAGUGGAGUUCUGUCCCAAUAAGGCCAAAAGAAAUAUAGUUGCAAAGAAGAUUGUAUUGAAACCGAGACAUGAACUCAAGGUUAUCGGCAGGACUAAUGGAGUUAAUAAGAGGAAAUUGGACAUGACGCAUAAGGAAAUAAAAUCGCCCCCUACUAAAAAAAACAGAACGGGCCACAAAUUUUCGACAUCACCAUUCAAUUCCAUUUCUACAGUAACAGACAAUGGAUCUCAAAGUCCGAUAUAUUCUGAGUUGGGUUUUGAGGAGAUAAUAAGAAUGGCGGAUGAAACCCAGAACCUCGACGAUGAAGACUUACUGGAAAUACUGACGUGUCCAAGUCCAGUUUGGUGGGAGGAUCCUCCUGAUGAUAACUAUUUGGAUGAUCCUAUAAUAAUAAAAUCAUCUAAAGGUUCGGUUGUACCAACUUUGAGUAAGCAAUUCAAAAGUAAACCUUCUAGAAAGAAAACACCGCAUAAGGUCAUUUUGGAAUCACGUGCGUCAAAAGAAAAUGAAAGUGAGGAAACAUCAAUGGACGUUGGUACUAUAAUGGAUCCUAUCACAUUAGAAACAAUUUGCAAAUCAGACGAUAAGUUUAAGAAUAAACGUAGUAAAUUAGAAAAUUUGCUAAGCAAUAUUAAAGAUAAACUAUGCAAACCUACAAGUGACCAGGACGGUGAUAAUAGUAAAGAUCAAGCUCUUUUCAUAUCUACAGAUAAUAGCAAUAUUGAUAGUACUAAAAUCUUAGACGAUGACAACAAUUCGCGUACUAAGCAUAGACAAGAAACUGUUUCAGAAAGUACUGAUGAUAGUUUAUUUCCCGAAAUGUCACUCAGUGAUCAUAACAGUCUAAAAUUAUUAGAAAACAUGGAAAUUCCAGUUGAAGGAAAGAAACGGGAAUCGAUUACGCAAGGAGACGAAACCAUAGAUGUAGAAAUUCCAGAGAAGUUUACGAGCCUAAAUAGAAUUACAAAUAUUAGUCAACAUUUAAAAAAUGUUAAAACAGAUCUACCUAAAACAAUAUCCAUUAAUAUAAAAAAUAUAAAAUUGGACCCUUUGAAUAUAAACAAGCUACAGACAAAUUUAACAUCAAAUAAAAACGUCUCUUCUUUAUCCAAAAGCAUAGAGACGGUGACUAAAUUAAGUCAAGUUGUUUUGAAACCUAAUAGUAAUAAAGAUUUACAACUUUCGUAUGAUGAUAAAUUUGAAAAAGGAUGUGACGUAAAAGAUAAUUUGUGUAACUCUACAGAAACACAAAACAAUUUAGUGGAAUUAACAACAGAUACAAGCAAAAAGUCUAAUGAAGAUAUGACCGAGGAAUAUAUAACAGUAUUUAAAAUAAUUUCUAAUGAUACUGACGUACUCAAGAACGAUAUAUCUAAAUCAAAUGAUGAUGGAUCUGGUGAUGGAGAAAACUCUGACCAUUUCGAAGAUUUACAACACGAGAAAGAGACAGAUAACUUCACGAUUAUAAGCAAAGAAACCGAAAAUAAGGAUAAGGAUCAAAUUAAAUUAAAUUCAUAUUACAAAAAAUGCAAAAAUCUUAGGAGAGAAUCUAAAAAGUUCAUCAACUCUUCAUCUACAGUUAAUAAAAAAUCUGCCGAAACUAUAGAACCGGAGAAAAAGGAAAUAAAAAUCAAAGACCAUGAUACACAACUAUGCGAUGACUGCAAUAUGGAUUCCAAAAAAUCUAUAAUCGUACCCAGUACAACAGAUGUUAAAUAUUGCCUGAAAUGCUCAUCCAUUUUUGAUUUGGAUGAAUGCAAUUAUUGUAUUAGAAAAGCGAAAGAAAAACAGAAUAACAUAGACAAACCUUGUGACGUUAACCCGGAAAACGUAGAUGGUAACGAGUUUGAUGUGAUGACAAAAAAUAUUAACAGUUGCGACUGA